UUUGUCAGGCGGGGGCGGGACCACCGUUAACAGGUAGGCUUGGAGGGUGAACGACACCAGCGGUCUUAUUCCACGACUCGACGUCCUGGAUUAUCGUAGUGAGAUGUUAUUACCCCAAAAAAGAAGUGAGCAUUAAAAUCAGGUUUUCAGUUGAGUUAAAACAUGUCGAUGUACUUUUAUCAUAUGAGCAGUAAGCUGCUCGUGGACACGGUUGGCAAAAUGAACGACAACAUAACCUCAGGGGUUCUGGCUGCCUCAGUCAUCACUCUGACUUUGGGUUACUUGUACAGCAAAGUACUUCGCAGACAAACUUGUCACAAAGAUGUGAAAUAUCCACCUUUCAUUCCUUCCAGUGUGCCCUUCCUUGGCCAUGCUAUUGCUUUUGGGAAAAGUCCUAUUGAGUUUUUGGAAAAUGCUUAUGAGAAAUAUGGCCCAGUAUUUAGCUUCACCAUGGUGGGCAAGACCUUCACGUACCUGUUGGGAAGCGACGCCGCCACGCUGCUUUUCAACAGCAAGAACGAGGACCUGAACGCCGAGGACGUUUACUCCCGACUGACCACUCCGGUGUUUGGCAAAGGCGUGGCCUAUGAUGUCCCCAACCCGGUCUUUCUGGAACAAAAGAAGAUGCUGAAGACGGGACUGAACAUCGCACGCUUUAAGGAACACGUCAAGAUCAUCGAGGCGGAGACGGUGGAGUAUUUUCAGAGAUGGGGAGACAGCGGCGAGAAAAACCUCUUUGAAGCGUUGUCUGAGCUCAUCAUCCUGACGGCCAGCAGCUGCCUCCACGGCAAGGAGAUCCGUGCCAUGCUGGACGAGCACGUGGCCCAGUUGUACGCAGACCUGGACGGAGGCUUCAGCCACGCUGCUUGGCUGCUGCCCGGAUGGCUGCCUCUGCCCAGCUUCAGGAGGCGUGACAAAGCUCACCAAGAGAUCAAGAACAUUUUCUUCAAGGUGAUCCAGAAGCGACGAAGCUCCGGCGAGAAAAUGGACGACAUCCUUCAGACGCUCGUCGACGCCACCUACAAGGACGGACGUCCGCUGUCUGACGACGAGAUCUCAGGUAUGCUGAUCGGCCUCCUGCUGGCGGGUCAGCACACGUCCUCCACCACCAGUGCCUGGAUGGGCUUCUUCCUGGCCCGGGAUCAAGUCCUGCAGGAGCGCUGUUAUGCCGAGCAGCAGACUGUGUGCGGGGAAACCCUGCCCCCUCUCGACUUGGACCAGCUGAAGGAUCUCGGCCUGUUAGAGCGUUGUUUGAAGGAGACGUUAAGGCUCCGCCCACCCAUCAUGACCAUGAUGAGGAUGGCUCGCUCUGCUCAGACUACAUCCGGCUACACCAUCCCACAGGGCCACCAGGUGUGCGUCUCCCCGACAGUCAACCAACGCCUGGAGGACACCUGGCAGCAGAGGAUGGAGUUCAACCCCGAUCGCUAUCUCCAUGACAACCCUGCUGCUGGGGAGAAAUUUGCUUAUGUGCCCUUUGGUGCAGGACGUCAUCGGUGCAUCGGGGAGAACUUCGCCUACGUUCAGAUCAAAACAAUCUGGUCCACUUUGCUGCGCUUGUUCCACUUUGAGCUGGUGGACGGAUACUUCCCCACCAUCAACUACACCACCAUGAUCCACACGCCGCACAAGCCUAUCAUCACAUACAAGAGGAGGAAACCGUCAGACCAAAAAAGAAUGCAGACACCGGAUGCGUCCCCAAUGUCCAAACAAGCUGAUUGAUUAUAUGCUGCAUUACAUAAAACUGGGAAAUUUCAGACUUCCUUUUGGAAAAAAUCCCAAGUCAAGAUAUGAUUAGUUUGACAUGUUAUGCAUGGAAAUCCUUUUUUCCCCCAGUUUUAAUGAAUGCAGCAUACGUGUGUAAAGGAAUAGAAUGGUUAUGAGUGAUGGGUAAAUGAGCGUUUGGCACACUCACUAGCCGUAUUGACCCUGCCCUGAUACUGUGUUGCUGUUUCAUAAUCACUAAAUUUGACCUGCAAAUGUAGUUAAUAUAGUCGUCCCAUGUUUAGCACGAUCAAUUGGUUGUAGGCCUGACCGUGGUCAAUGAAUCUCUGCAAAGUAGGAUUGUUGAUAACAAAUCAAUAUUUUCAUAAAGUGUUUACGGCCUUCUGUCAUACAUAUAAAACUUAAUUUAACACUUAAUUUGGGCCAGAAAUAUGUUGAGUAUUCUAUAAAAAUAAAUAACAAUUCUAAAAUGUAGUGAAGCUACAAUAUUUGAAGUGCGAUGUGGGUGACUGAAGUAGUUAUGGGUAAAUAACGACGCAGUGUGUGACACACACACACAGACUGUAUUGACAUUGCAAUGAUACUGUGUCGGUGUUUCAUAAUCUGCUGCUUAAAAGUCACGUUUGACCUCCAAAAUAAAUAUUUUGUCUUACUUUUCAAUGCAUAAAUUGCAGAAAGGAAUAUGGAUGUCAAAUGUGGCAUGCCAAAGGAGCGCUUCCUGAUGGUCAAAAGACAGCAGCUGUAUCAUCACGUUUUAUAUUCUUUAAGUAACAGACUACUACCGUAUUACUCCUUGCGUUUCAAUAGGCAUCGAUGCUUCCGUAUUGUUCCACCCCUCGGGAAUGAUUACGCUGCAUUGCAUAAACCUGGGAAAUUUCACUUAUUUGACAAGAAAAAGUAAGUCAAGAUUAGAAAAGGCAUUUCAUUUAUGUUGCAUCUUGUUUACCAAAACGUAUGUCCUAGUUUCCCUGAAUGCAGCAUGGAAGUAUUUAAAGGCACAUACAUUAAAAAAAUGCCAUGGCACGCUAUUACCAUCUUGUGGAAGAGCGUUUAAUUGUUUUGUAUGUUCCUGGCAUCGAUAAGACAUGCACCUGGGGAUAGAUAGGUUAGGUGAAGAAAACUGGGACAAUUCAGAAAAAUCUAAACAUUCAGUCACCAUCUGAGAGGGUUUUCUGUAAAAGGACAAAACACAGGUUAGUAGAUUGUAAGUGGUGAUUUGUCCCACUGUUCUUGAAUGCAGCAUGAAAACGAGCAAUAGUAUUCGGUAUCAUGUUAAUCCUGAGUUUUGACGCUGCAAUGAUCGUUCUGUAAAACAAGUAAAAAAUAUUUUCAAAUCA